AUGCCUCAGGUCAAGAACAUCCAGUCAAAUCUCUUCAUCAACAACCAAUUUGUACCCGCUGUUUCAGGCAAAACGUUCGAGGUCCUAAACCCCGCCACCGAGGAGGUCAUCGCCAAUGUCGCGGAGGCUGACAGCGCGGAUGUGGAGUUGGCGGUGAAGGCUUCCCGCGAGGCCUUCAAUAAGUUUAGGCUUACUGAUGGCUCGGAACGGCGCCAGCUAUUGACAAAACUGGCAGACCUCCUGCACGCCGAUCGUGAGGAGAUGGCGGCUCUCGAGUGCAUGGAUAAUGGCAAGCCAUACUGCGAAGCCUUAGGCGAUGUUGAUUUUUCUGAGAGUGUUAUUCGCUACUUCGCGGGCUAUGCUGACAAAAUGAGUGGCCGAUUAUUACCCGCCAGUGGCAAUGUCGUGAGCAUGCUGCGGCGGCAGCCAGUGGGUGUCUGCGGGCAAAUUGUGCCCUGGAAUUUCCCAUUGGUGAUGAUCUCGUGGAAGCUUCCGGUGGCGGUGGCCGCGGGUAAUACCGUUAUUAUGAAGCCUGCCGAGCAGACACCACUCACCGCACUUCGGAUUGGCGAGCUCUGCGAGAAAGCCGGCUUUCCCCCUGGCGUCGUGAACAUUUUGCCAGGGUUUGGCCCGACGGCUGGCUCGGCACUUUGCCUGCACAAGGAUGUCAACAGGAUCGCUUUCACAGGUUCAGGUGAAGUGGGACGGGAGGUGCUGCGAAUGUCUGCGAAGAACAAUCUCAAGAGGGUUUCCCUGGAACUGGGCGGCAAGUCGGCACUUAUCGUGUGCGCCGAUGCUGACAUGAAUAAGGCGGUUUCCUUGGCAAGGAUUGGGGCUUUCGCGAACUCCGGCCAGUUUUGCUCUGCGUCUUCUCGCAUCUUCGUCCAUGAGAGCCUCUACGACACCUUUGUUGAGAAGCUGAAGCACUGCGUGGAGGGCCAUCGUGUGGGUCCUGGCAACGAUCCCGAGACCACCAUGGGACCCCUGAUCUCGAAAGAACAACUCGAACGCGUGAUGAGGUACAUUGAGAUAGGGAAGAAGGAGGGCGCGACGUUGCUGACGGGUGGCACCCGCAUUGACGGCAAGGGCUACUUCCUGAAGCCCACGGUCUUCACCGAUGCCAAGGACGACAUGGUGAUAUGCAAGGAGGAGAUCUUUGGCCCGGUGACCUGUGUGAUGAAGUUCAAGGACAUUGAUGAGGUCAUCCAGCGAGCCAACGCCUCAGGCUAUGGUCUUGCUGCCGGCCUGUGCACCGAGAGCAUGGACACGGCCUUGCGAUGCUCGACUUUCCUCGAAGCAGGCACUGUGUGGGUGAAUACAUGGCACAGCUACGAUCCUGCCCUGCCCUUUGGUGGGGUUAAACAAAGUGGGUAUGGCCGUGAGGGAGGCAUUGAGUCACUCGAGUCAUACACCGAGGCCAAGACAGUUUCGAUUUCUUUGAACGGUCCUUUAGUGAAGAAUUAAGAUUCUAUCAAAUAUGUUAACUUAAGGCGACACUAUAAGUACUAUAAGAUACUAUAUAAAUAUAUAGAAUAUAACUUAUUACAGCGGUAAUUUUUCGAAUUAUUCAAAAAUUUUUUUUUUUCUGUGUUGAACCAAUCUAAUGUUCAGAUCUCCUUUAUUUUUGUAUUUAGAUGAAAUUUAUAUAUAGUAGUUUCAAAUGCAAAAUAAUGCCACAGAUAGAUUUUUUAAUGGAUUUAUUUUGAGGAAAUUACUAUAUUUUAGACUAUUAUACCACAGAGAGGCUCUUCGUGAGGCAUGGAAAAAAAUUGGACCCUCUUCCCAUUAUUUCGAAGGGAUAAAAAUUUUUUGAAAUACUGAUAAUUUUUGGUUAAAUAUUUGUAAUUUUAUAUUUCGGAAAACAUUAUUUCAUACAGUUUCAAUUUAUUAUAAUUUGGGAAAUAUACUUAAUCUAAUAGUGAAAAAUCAAGGAACGAAAUUGAAUAAUAUGGUCUAAUUAUAUAAUGCAUCAGAAUACAUCUGUUGCAUCAUGA